GGGAUCUCUGCACUUGUGAUGUUCUGUUAGGUUUUUGAUCCGAUCCAACCGAAUUGUUGAUGUUGAUUGUGUUGAAACAAGGAUUACUUCUAGGGUUAAAUCUCUGGUUGUGGAUGUCACGUUUUAUUGGAUCAUGUUCUAGGUCAUGUUCCGUUCAUAAUUGAUUCGAGUCUGGUCUGGGAUUCAUAAUUGAUUCGAGUCUGGGAUUCAUAAUUGAUUCGAGCCUGGAAUUCAUAAUUGAUUCGAGCCUGGAAUUCAUAAUUGAUUCGAGUCUGGGAUUCAUAAUUGAUUCGAGUCUGGGAUUCAUAUUUAAUUCGAGUCUGGGAUUCAUAUUUGAUUCGAGUCUGGGAUUCAUAUUUGAUUUUGUAUUUGGUGGAGAAAUCAUCGUGGAGAAAAGUUUUCUUCCCAUGGUUUUGGAGUUCCAGCGGCUCAUUGUACCAAAGGGUUUCAAGUUAAUCCUUCCAGCUGUGACCGACUCUCUCUGCUGCCAAAGUCUUCUUCACAUGGUUUUGGAGUUGCUGCUCAAGGUGUCAAAAAGUUUCAUGCCAGCUGUGAUCGUCUCUCACAGGUGCCAAAGUCUUCGUCACAUCAUUUUGGAGUUCCAUCAGCUCAUUUGAUCAGAAGUUUUCAUGCUAACCCAACCAACCGUGAACGAUUCUCUCGUGUGCUAAAGAAUUCGUCUACGCAGGUCAAGAUGAAGCUGUUAAAUUUUCAGAGUUCUGUUACCAAGAGUUGGUCUGAUUUGCCCGAAAGUGUCAGAGACAAGUUGGUGGAAGUUGCCCUCAGCACUUUGGCUGCUACGCUUGAGUGGUCUGUAUACAGCCUUUGGAAAAGUUUUCUUGGAGUUUUGGGAGGUGGUGCUAAGGGUGAGGCCAAAGCUUCAGGUGAAGCAGCAGCCAAAGCUUCAGGUGAAGUGAAGGUGGAAUUAGCUAUCCUGAAGAUGGAAGUUGCUCUUGAGAAGAUGCACAGAGAGACUGAAAAGAUGAAGUAUGAUGCUGACAAGAUGAGAUCUGAAGCUGACAAGAUGAAAUCUGAAGCUGACAAGAUGCGUGGAGAAGCCGAGAAGAUGAAAUCAGAUUCCGAUAAGAUGCGCAAUGAAGCUGAUAAACUGAGAUAUGAGAUAGAAGUGAUAAAGAUGUGGACUCUGCUGCUGACAAAAUCUUCGUCAGAUCGCAAAUGGUUUGCUGCUAACAACCGGAAGGAUUGAUACUGCCACCAUGUUGAACAUGAAAGGCCAACGUCUUGUGCAGCUGGUUGUUAGUAGAACGAAGCCUGAUGUUUGUGUAAAAACUGUGGUUCCCCGCUUGACUGUUUGUGUUAGCACUCUGUAGAACUUACAUGUCAGUGGUAACAUUCUGGGUUUCCAUUUCAUACCAUACUGUUUAGGAGCUGGAUCAUUUCCCAAUGUGAUCAGAUUACAGCUGAAGUUUUGAAUAUAUGUCGUGAGAUUGCUGAGAUUAAAAUGGUUGGUCCGCUGA